AUGACUCUGCCGCUCCUGUGGCUCCUGGUUCUCCACGUCAGUAAAGCCUCAGAUCCUCAGUGCACUCUGCAGAAUGACUUUGAGCCAGGCUUCAUGGCUGGCGGAGACUUCGUGAUUGGAGGCAUUUUCCCUCUGCACUACAAUCAGGAAAUGCCGGACCUGAACUGCACUUACAAACCAGGACAAGUGCAGUGCAAUGGUUUUGACCCCAGAGCUUUCCGCUGGGCUCUGACUAUGAAGCUUGCUGUGGAGGAGAUUAAUAACAGCACUGAGCUUUUACCCAAUCAUACUCUGGGAUAUAAAAUAUUUGACUCCUGUGCGUACCCUCUAACAGGACAGAGAGCAGCUCUGGCUGUUAUGAAUGGGCCAAAUGAAGCAGAUAGGCCCAUGUGUUCUGGUGCAAGCCCAAUGCUGGCCAUCAUCGGUGAAUCUGGAUCAGCUCAGUCUAUAGUGGUUUCUAGAAUUUUGCAACAUUUCAGAAUUCCAAUGAUCAGCUACUUCUCAUCCUGCGCCUGCCUCAGCGACAGACGAGAGUUCCCCACUUUCUUCAGAGUCAUCCCCAGUGAUGCCUACCAAGUGAAAGCCAUUGCCAAAUUGCUGCUACACUUCAACUGGACUUGGGUAGGGGUGGUGCGAGGGGACCACGAGUAUGGACGCUCUGCCCUCCAGGGCCUACUAAAGGAGUUGGAGGGUACAGGUGUGUGUGUGGCCUAUCAGGAAAUGAUCCCACUGCUAUAUGACAGCCAGAGGGCAGUAGAGAUCAUCCGGGUGAUGAACAGCUCCAGCGCUCGAGUAGCAGUGGUGUUCUCAGCUGAGGGGGAGCUCACACCCUUUCUGAGAGACUACAUGGAGCUGAAUGUCACUGGGAUCCAAUGGAUUGCCAGUGAGGCCUGGGUGACAGCAGCAGUGUUCACCGGAAGCAAGUACUACCCCUUCCUUGGUGGCACUAUUGGGUUUGGGAUACGGCAGGGCUUCAUCAUGCAGUUGAGAGAAUAUCUGACAACGGUGAACCCACAAAGGUACCCCACCAAUCCCCUGGUGCAGGAACUGUGGGGGGCUCUUUAUGGCUGCUCUCCCUUCUCCUCAAGCAAUAGUGCUCAGCUGCCCCUAUGCACAGGGCAGGAGAUCAUCAGCAAGCAGCACUCUGCCUACAUGAACACCUCCAGCCCUCGCAUUGCUUAUAACGUCUACAAAGGUGUAUAUGCUAUUGCUCACUCCCUCCACAACCUCAUUUCCUGCAAUCCUGGAAAUGGCCCAUUCAGUAACUCCACUUGUGCAGACGUCACCAAAGUCUUCCCAUGGCAGCUCCAGCAUUACCUUCAAGAGGUCUCCUUUACUAUCUCAGGAGAGAUGGUGAACUUUGACACAAAAGGUGACUCUAUCCCAUCCUAUGACCUGAUCAACUGGCAGAAGGGCACAGAUGGCAAUAUUGAGCUGGUAAAAGUGGGCAUGUUUGAUGGAGCUCGAGAGCUUGGGAAGGAGCUGGUCAUUUAUGAGAUGGCUCUCACAUGGCCUGGAGACCAGACAGAGGUGCCAGUAUCUGUUUGCAGUAUCAGCUGUGUUCCGGGAUACAGGAAGGCUGUCCGUCGUGGGGAGCCUCUGUGCUGCUUUGAUUGUGUACCAUGUGACAGCGGCAAGAUUAGUAAUCAGACAGAUUCAAUAGACUGCACUCCUUGUUCUGAAGAUUACUGGUCCAACAUUGAUGGAACAGCAUGUAUCCCCAAGGUUGUUGAGUUCCUUUCUCAUGACGCAAUGGGAGUGACGCUGACAGUGAUUUCUGUGGUAGGGGCCUGCGUCACAUUAGCUGUAUUUGUAGUUUUCCUCUAUCACAGAAACACUCCCAUCGUGCGAAUCAAUAACUCAGAGCUGAGUUUCUUCAUUCUAAUCUCUUUGACGCUGUGUUUCCUGUGUGCGUUGAUCUUUAUUGGAGAGCCCACGUCCUGGUCAUGCAUGCUGCGCCACACUGCUUUCAGCAUUACUUUCUCUCUCUGCAUCUCCUGCAUCCUGGGCAAAACGUUAGUGGUUCUGGCAGCUUUCACAGCCACCCAGCCUGGGAACAAUGUGAUGAAGUGGCUCGGGCCUACGCAGCAGAGGAUCAUCAUCUUCAGCUGCACUCUGGUCCAGAUGAUCAUCUGUGCUGCGUGGCUCAUAGCCUCCCCUCCAUUCCCCUACAGAAACACGCAGUAUCAGCACUCCAAGAUCAUUCUGGACUGCAGUGUGGGCUCUGCCCUGGCCUUCUGGUGUGUGCUGGGCUACAUUGGUCUUUUGGCCGGCCUGUGCUUCAUUUUGGCCUUCCUGGCUCGCAAACUGCCUGGAAAUUUUAACGAGGCUAAAUAUAUCACCUUCAGCAUGUUGAUAUUUUGUGCAGUGUGGUUGGCCUUUGUGCCUGCCUACGUCAGCUCACCUGGUAAAUUUACUACUGCUGUUGAAAUAUUUGCUAUUUUAGCUUCUAGCUUUGGCCUCCUUUUGUGCUUAUUUGCUCCAAAGUGUUAUAUUAUUCUACUCAAACCUGAGAAGAAUACUAAACAGCAUCUAAUGGGGAAAGAAAAAUAAUUAGACAAAGAAUAUGGGAUUGCAUCUUACAGGCAUUUGUUGAAACAAAACAAUCAAGUAA